UUAUAUUUUGGAGAAAAAAAAUAUCCUCUCCUUCCUCAACAUGUUCAAGAAUAUACCGCUAUUUUCGCCUCAUUAUUUUUAAUCUUCUUUGACUCAGCAGCAGGACCAAAGCAUGGAGACCCUCGGACACGUGUGCAUCACAAUUUUGGCAAUUUCGACAGCAUGCGGUGCCGGCAAGUUUGUGUUCCGGAACGAGGUGUUUGAAAAUGUGGAAGCUUUUGAAUCUUCCAACAUGAUGCGUAUCAUCAGUCGCAACGAAACUACCGAACAAGCUGCAAUUACUGAAAAUCCAACGGAGGCUGAAAACGUGACCGAGACGUACAACGACUGCGUCAAAAUCUCUGAAAAUGUGCGGUGUCCCUAUCCGUUGAUCUCAUUUUACCUCUACGCGGGGCCGAACGGAGAGCGCGAGUUCAUUGACGAGAAUGACCCAAACUGGUUCAAUAACAGCAAUUUCGACGAGAGCAAAAAGACGGUGCUGUUAAUCCACGGAUUUGGUGGAGGUGACGAUGUAGGAUCAGUGCCCUUACUGAGAGACGCCUUCAUCAAAACAAACGAGUACAACUUGAUAAACGCCGACUGGGAAAUUUUGGCCAAGUGGCCUUGUUACUUCCAAGCGGUGAGCAAUAUGAAGCCCGUGGCCAAAUGCACUGCCCAUUUCCUCGCCAAUCUGGAGCGGACGACCAACCUGCAGUACGAGCAAAUAACCUGCGUCGGUUUCAGCCUCGGGGCACACAUUUGCGGCCUCAUCACCAAUUACGUGCCCGACCGAUUCGAGAGAAUAAUUGCCUUGGACCCUGCGAAGCCACUUGUGCAGAGCAAGAAGGGGAAGGACCGACUGGAUUUGGAGGAUGGAACAAACAUACACGUCAUCCAUAGCAACGCCGGCUUCUUCGGCAUGUCAGGGCUCCAGGGCACGGCCGACGUCUGCAUCAACGGCGGUCGCGUGCAGUCCUACUGCAAGAAGGAGUCUGAUUAUAAUUACUGCAGUCACGUUCAGUCUCUCUGCUAUUUUGCGGAGAGUUUGUUCCCCGGAAAGGGGAGAGAGGCGACCCCAUGUGAAAGCAGAUGUCCUUACGGGUCAAAGUUCAAACCCAGAGAGGGAGAAAACAUCAUUUUGGGCGAACCAAUGAAUAGCUCGGCUACUGGAAUGUAUUGCGUAAGUGCGACGAUUCCUCCGUACUGCAAAGAUCCUAAUUCAGACGACCCUGACUACGGACACGAAAGGUGCUGCACUACCGAAGGGGCUCUCGUCGCGAAGCGCCAGAAAGUUUCCAUUUCCAACUUCAAACUUGGCCAGCGGCCAGCCGUCGAGGACACCAAGACUGAAGUGGCCGCUUCUCUAAUCAACGACAAAAAAUGCAUCCAGAAGCAAAUGGCAAACAUGACGUGCCCUGAUCCGCACAUCAAAUUCUACUUGUACUCAGGGAUUAGCGCGUUUCAAAUGCGGAUCAACACGACGUCGGAGGAAUGGUUCGAGGACGGCUUUUUCCAAUUAGAUAAACCCACCGUGGUGCUCAUGCACGGCUAUCAGGGCGGAGAAAACUUAAUGCCCACUGUCAUUCUCAGGGACGCAAUUGUGAAGAACGACUCGCACAAUCUCAUUACGGUCGAUUAUGGCCCCUUGACGAAAGAGCGGUGCGACCGACAAGCGCGUCUGAACGCCGAAGCCGUCGCCAAGUGCAGCGCGCAACUCUUUGAAUACCUGCAGGAUAAUGGAGUGCAAACAGAAGAGUUCACCUGUGUUGGUUUUGGUCUCGGCGCGCACAUCUGCGGUCUCAUCGCCAAUUUCAUUCUUCCCAGCCGGAUGCAGAAGAUAAUUGCUCUGGACCCGACUGGUGGGCGAGCGUUCAUGCGUUUUCCAGAGAAGAGACUGGACCCUUCGGACGCUGACGCCGUCCACGUUUUUCACUCGGAAACGCGGAGAUUCGGCGAGGGUGAGUCGAUCGGCACGGCUGACGUUUGCAUCAACAACGGACAACAACCGUUCUGCGUAGAUACAAUAAACAACCAGCCGCGGUUGUGCAGCCACGCCUCUUCGGUGUGCUUCUUGGCCGAGUCCCUUUUCGCGGAGCGGCAGGUUGAGCCCUGCGUGAACCGCUGCCCCCAACCUCCGCAGCGCCGAGAAGAAACGGGCAACCCACCCAUGCGCGAGAAUGCCACCUUCGGAGCCUCCAUGGAAAGCAGCGCCCAAGGAAUGUACUGCCUCGACACCGACGAGGCCCCUUUCUGUCCCCAGCCGGACGACGACUUUGGCGACCCCAGGUGCUGCAUCCUGACCAAGAGUUGACACCGAACGUCGAUGAAAGAGAAUAUUAUAAAAUAAUAUGCACCACCACUCGCCGGCGCAGCUUUUAUGAGCACCAUAUUGGUUGAAUCUUCCAAUUUAAAAUUGGCUUCAUUGUAGAGCUAAUUCUUUUGAAGAAAGAAACAAUAAACUACUUGUAUUUAAUAAAAAAAUCA